UAAAUGAUAAGUCUGUGAAAAUGCAAACAGGUGGAAGUUUGGAAGACAACAGGUAGAGCUAGGAGGGGGGAAGUGAGGGAAAUGUGUGCAGGAAAGCAAGUGGUCAGCUAGAGGCAGGUUACCUGGGGUAUCAGAUGUCAGGCAGAUACCCAGCUGUUUGUAGGUGAGAGCACAGGAAGUGUUAUGCCAGACAAAGCCAGCUGUGCAUCUUGUCUGUACUGUGGAAAUUGCUGGUACCAAAUGCCUGAGAGGAAAAUUAAAUACAUAGGUAAUUGGUCCAAGAAAAGCUAUCACCAUAAGAAAUUGUCGCCUUUGGAAAGAAUAAUGGAACAUCUGGAAUUAUACAGGUUGCAGUGAGAGUGCAGCAGCAGUGCUGCUGGUUGAGAAUAAGUAGAUCUUGAGUUGCUGGGAGCCUUCUGUAAAAGCAAGCCACUAAUUCUGGUGGCAAAAUGUAUACAUGAGUCAGUUCUUAGUGUCUACUUGCUGAAAAUGUUGUUUCCGAUUAUGUUUCAGUUUUUAAUGGAAUGUGAAAGUUACAUGUCCUAUAUCAAAAUAAAUGUGUAUUUUAUUAAGCGGAGAUCAUUGCAUUAAAUUAGGCUUCAGCACUCCACUGUGAUAUGCAUUUAGUUUUAUAUAAUUUAUUUUUAACCAAGGAAACUAAGUGCAAAAUAUGUUGGUCAUGGUCUUAAAAUCGCAAAAGUAAGGUCCCAGAGUAAUGGCAUUCCCAUCACAGAGCUGUGAUUGCUCUAGUAAAAUGUUAAAAUUACUGUCAUGUGACAUUUAUGCAAAUUACAUUGUACAGAGUACAAGGGGUAAGAUUUAAGAUUGGUUUGAAAGAAUAUAGCCUGUAAUAAUCCUGACUUACGACUUGGAAAUUUCUGCCAUCAUGUCGUAUGGGUGUGGAUUCUUUUGUUAUAGUGAUGCACAAAUUUUGUAGUACUACAUGCAUAUAAUAUAGUUAAUGCUGCAUUUUCUUCCCCCCAACAGGAAGGCCAGCCACGUUUUUUAAUAAAAUCUUGCAACAUCUGCCUGUAGUAGCAAUUUGAGAAUCAGCCUCUCGUUCUAUCACAAAAAACACUGCUGUUACCAGUGGUUCCUUUCUUACUGAUAAGGAGCCACGACUGUAAGAAGACAAGGCUGAUUCUAUUUUUCUGGACGCUUGGAACACAGCACUGACAAUGCAUAGAUCAUUUAGCCAAAUGUUAAAUGCUGUCUGGGAAGACAAAGAAAAUAUAAGCAAACUUAAUGAAGAAGAUGGAGUGGCCUGUUCCAUGGCAGUUCCAAAUCAAGAGAAAAUUGGUACAGUGGAUGAAUCAGGAGCCACAAACCUUUCUGAAAUGCAAAACUUAAGCACCAAGAGUCAGAAGAAGUUUGUGCAGAAAGCCAGUAUUAUAAGUGACAAUAUGAUAAGUGACAAAUAUGUGCUGAGAGAAUUGGACCAGAAGAGCAAAAAUAAUAGCAAUCAACUUAUUGGAAAUCUUUCUGAUUCACUGAAAGGAAACCAGUCUGUUGAACCCACCAUGCCCUGCAUGACACUGAGCAAAUGGGAUAGUCCUUCAAAAAGUAGACCUACCUCUGUGGGUAAUGCAAACUAUCUGACACUUAACGAAGUAAAUACUAUUUCUGGUCCAUCAGAAAAACGAACACAAAAACCUGUUGAUUUUGCGACUGUAACAGUAGCUGACUUCAACAUUACUCCUGAGUCUUUUACUAAACAAUCUACAGGGCAAGCCAAGUCUUCGUUAAAAUUCAGGCGUCGGUCUACCAUUGGAGUACGGGGUUCCCCUGAAAAUAAUACCCUUAUUCGAUACCUUGCUGAGCAAAAGAGAAACAGACAAGAAGAUCAUCUUAAGCAGCAGGGCAGCCCUUUUGACCAUCAGCAUGUUGGCUCUUUAAAGGAUAGAAUGCAUACUUUCCAAUCAGCUUUUCAAUCAGUGCAAGAAGAUGAAGGGAAAGAUUGCUUAUCUGGGCUCUUGCAGGAGGAGAGAGAGUCCCAGGCAGUGUACUACUCUCAGAAUAAAUCGCCUUUUCUGAAACGGAAUGAAUGGGCUCAAUUGAAUGGAGAGUUAACAUCUGAGUGCAAGAAAAUUGCUUACGAGGAAAGUUUAAAACAAGAUUUACGUAAUGGUGAUAAAACUUUUCCUGGUAUCCAGAGAUGCAGUAUUGUCUCUCCACCCCGAGAAGCAUCUACGGUACGUUUGCCUGCAUGGCUUUUUACUGAAACUGCUUAUGCACUACUAAAUAUUACUGAAUCUGCAUAUUUAUCAUUGAAAGCUAUUCCAUCCAGAAACAUCUUAAAGACAGUGCAAGAGGACUUCAGCUCUGGGGGUAGCGAUGAAAAUGUUAGAAGCAAUACUACGUUGCAGCUAAGAGGGAAGAGAGUUAAAUUUGCAGAAGAAUUGAGCCUGGAGAUAUUUGAUAAAACAAUGCCACCAGUUACACCUCUGCAAAAGGGCAACAUUUCAACAACUGAGCAGUCACAAAGCAGCUCCAGCCUUCGGUCGGUCCUGAAGAAAACACCAAUGAAGCACCUGAUGGAAAGUGUGAAGGAGAACUUAAACAGCUCCAGAGGUGAGAAGGGAACCGUGUCUCCCUUAGCAUCCAGUCCCUCAACAAGCUGUGAAGCAUUGCAGACAGACCAAACUGAGCUGGACAGCUCUGAAAAGCCAACAAAAAGGAAAAAGGUCACUUUUGGGAGAGAUUUAAGCCCAGAAAUAUUUGAUGAAAACUUACCAGCAAAUACUCCAUUGCGAAGAGGGGCAAUGCCAGCCAGCCAGUUGGGAUCGCAGAGCAGUAGUCCUUCUAGAGCAGUGGGUCCUAUCAGAGAACCACUAUCCCAACCAAAUUUUGAUGAUUCUGAUGAUGAAUAUGUUAAGCCUCCUCAAGAGCUGAUGAAGAAUUUUUCCAUGACAGACAAUUCUUUACACCCUAAGGAUGUGGAAGCAACUGGCACCAAAAUCUCUUGUACAAGACCAACUAGAUCCUGCACUAAAGGAAAGUAUAUCAACAGUUCAGAAGAGAUGGAUUUUAACAUCUCGACAGGCAAAAGAACCAAGAAAACUAAAGAUACUAAAAACCCACGAAACUGUAAAGGUCAGGGUUCAAAUACUUCUGCCUCCAGAAAGAUACCAAAAGUAAAAGAUGCAGGUUCUGGGAGGAGAAGAAGAAGAAGAAAGGUACAGAGAUCCUUAUAUGGGAAGAGAGAAAUUGCUUCCAAGAAGCCUCUCUUAAGUCCAAUUCCAGAGAUUCUGGAGGUGGUCUCUUCAUCGUCAUCAUCUCCAAAAACGCCACAGGCAAAUACUGUACUCUUUUCAGAUAAUCCUGAAAACAGUUGUGACCACAUAGAAUCUGUAAAUGAAGCUAUGAAACGGAGAAAAAUGGUGGGAAGAAGUAGAAGGAAAAAUGUGUCUAUAACAAACAAAUGUCCAGACUCUAAAGAACUUGACGUUGUUGAAGCCAACAGCUCCUCUGACGCAGAGACUCAGUCAUUAGACUGUAAUCUUUUUUCUGUUUCAAGCAGUCAUACUGAGGUGGACAGUGUGAGUGAAAACACUGAAACAGAAAGUAACCCUGGGUCACCCUUUAUGUUACUAGAUCAGAAAGUGAGUACUAUUUGUGAAGGUAAUCGGAUCAGUGAAGAAGGCAAUAAGUCCACCUGUGAGUGGUGUGAAUCCAGUGUUACAAGAAGGCAUGUUUUACCUGUUGUUAAAAAAUCAAAUUCUCCUUUGAAACUACCAAAUAUUAAUAGUCAAGAAGGGAAAUGCAUUUCUCUAUUUGGUAAACCUGAUAAUACCCAGCAAGAGGAAGAUACUGUAUGUACAGAGCCCAAGAAAGAAAAAGAUGGUUUAGUAGGAAAUAAAUGUGUACUGGAAAGUGAAAAUCUUUCAAAUAACUCAGAAACUCUAGCUCUUUCAAUACCUCUAAACAUCCAGGACAUGGACUUAAAGAAAGAUAUUAAAGAAAUGGAAUGUCUCACUGAAGACUGCGGAAGAGAGAACGAUAUCAAUAACGUUAAUUUUAAAAGGUUUCCAAAAAGAGGCAGAAGAAGCACAGUGUAUCUUCCUGGAGUUGCGAACUUGGAUUUUGAAACAACUGGAAAUAAUAUGUCCGGUUCCUCUUUUAAUAUGAAGGAAGUUUUAUCUACAUCCCAUGUAGAAAGUAACUCUGAAACAUUUAAUGAUCUACACAACGCUAUAGAAGAGUCUUUCAGGAGGAUGAGUGAAACUUGUGAUGAAAACAGAAGUGUGAGGCGCAGUAUGAGAUUACAUAAAGAUGCUAAACAUGAGGGACUUGCUUGGAUUCAUAUACCUAAUAAACUUGACAAGACCUCUUCUCUGUCAGUUUCUGCUUGCAAAACCAGGAGGGCAUCCUCUAUAUCCAUGCUUAAAGAAUCUGAGAACGUUCACCGAAGUCAAGAAAACUGGAAUCAAUAUUCAGCACCAGGGAAGGAAAACCAUGAGCACGUUCCUCUUGCUGGAGGUGCUCACAAAAUGAGGAGGAGGAGGAGCAUGUGUGUAUCCACUCUUCUGGAAACUAGAAAAGAAUCUCAAACCCAGAAAAAGAGAAGGGCAAGCCUUGUAAGCAGAAAUGACAAGAGCCACCAGAAGGAUUCUGAAGGAGAAAAAGCUGUAGAGAACCAGACGACCACCUAGCUGAAUAAUUACUAUCUAUUUCUGAAAGAAAAAGAGAUCUGAGGAAGGCUAAAGUGGUACCCAAGAGCUCAUCGAUGUCCUUCCCAACUAUCCAGUUGCUCCAGUGAAAACUGUCACUCACAGAAAUCCUUGCCUUGGUUUCUUCCUGGACCAUGAUGGCUAUGACAUCACCCCAACACUAGCAUUUAGAAAUUGGAUGUUCCUAAUUUUGAUGCCACAAUAAAGAUUUUUUUUUAAUAAGCAUUCAUUUUUCCUGUUAAUUUGCCAAACACUUUAAGGUAUGUUUUCCUUUUGCUUGGACAUGUGGGGAAAUAAAAUUUCAAGGAAAAACAGUUUGGUUGUGAGGGUACCUGUGUAAUUGUCAGGAGUCACAGACAAUCAAGAGACUGAAAUUUUAACUCCUUGAUGCUAGAAAUUAAAUUUCAGAGUAAGCAUGUCCCUUUUGUAGCACAAUUAGUACUUCCCACAAAGCAGUGAUUAAAUCCUGCCUGUGUUGCAACAAAACUAAACAAAAAGCUGGUCAAGGAUAUAAGCAUUUUCAAUAAACUAAGAAAGAUGUGCUUCUACGUACUGUAGAAAGGAAUGCUGUAGAAAUUGGUGAGUUAUAUUCCAAGAUACAGCAGCAGAACAAAAUGUAAAACCUGUUAAAGAAGAGUACCCCUCAUGAAAUAAUGGACUGCUUGGCUCUAGAUGGAAGAUUUCUUUAAAGAACAGUACAAAGUGAACUCAGGUUUGCUUUCAGGUUUCAGGAUACUUUAUACCAUUUAAUGCUUUCUCCAACUUGGACAAAUAUUCUACACCUAAGGGAAGUAUUUUGGUAGGGUUGUUUCUUUUUUGGAAGUUUACAUUUCAGAUACGUUUUUGUUGCCCUGUUUUUUUAUUAUGAGGAAGGAAGAUAUUAAAGCUGAAUAUACUCGUGAUUGCGAACCACAGCAGUAUUUUUUUGCCCUUGAAACUGUGAUUGCUGGAUAAGAUGUGUUUUAUGGGCAGUCUUGGCACACACAUCCCACUUAUUAAGGCAUAGUCAGCAUCUGAAGUUUCCCAUUCCCCUGCUGCGUAUGGACAAAUGCCAGCAAGUGCACAUGUGGCUCUUAGCUGUUGCAGGAAAAGAGAAACAAAGUUGAUGGGUCAAAAAUAACAAUCUUUAUUGACAAGUUAUGUUUAGGUAAGUGUGUGAGUGCAUAGUAAUCCAUUCUUGCUUGUGGGGCUUUUGACAGGACAGGAGUCAAGCCUAACUCCAUAUUAUUUCUGAAGACUAGUCACACUAGGUAAAAACUGAGAUUGUCUCGACCAGUUCUUAAAGUAUACUCUUCUAGUUGUAAUUGUAUAAUUGGUAUUUCCCCUGUGUGAAUUUCUGCUUUGUAGAUCAAUUUUAUAAAUAAUUGCUUUUGAAAUCCAUGUUAAUUUUUUUCCAGAUUUCAAAAACAUCCUAACAAAUUUGAAAUCCUCUACAAAUAACAUAACAGAAGAAAGCUCCUGCUGGGGGGCCGAUACUUCCCCUGUUCUGUAGAGACUUUGCAUUACCUUCUCGGCACCAGCAGGUCUGGAGCUCCCACUGCUAAGUGCUACGUGUAUUUCACAUUAGUAUUAGUUUCUUAGAAUUGCCAUUUUUUGAGGAAGGGUUUCUUUAAAAAGCGUGUUUUAAUCUGUACCAUAUCAAACGGGAAUGUUUUUAAGGUUAAACCAUUUAGAAAGGGUUGUGCAAGUGCCUGAGAAAAUGAAGUACCAUUUAAUUGAAUGGUGGCUAUUUUACUUUUCAAUAUAUGUAUACUUAACAGAGUGUGUAAUAUACAGUAGUUAACACCAUCUUCCUGUUUACUUGCUUCUAGUUUUCACUGUGAAAUGCAAAAUUGCCUACUAUUGUAUUCAUAUUUUAUGCUGUUCUGUUUCAACACUAGUGAAGUGAAAGGUGCCAGCUUUAAAAUUGUUUCCUACUGUGUUGAAAAUUAUCUCCACUGUAAACUUGCCCUACCACUUUAUAUGAACCAGAAUAAAAUUUCUGUGCAUUUGGACUU